GUGACUCAGAUGCUAUAACAUUAGGGAAAAUAACAAUUUUGUUUCCCCAAGCAAAGAGUAACUAAACAUGAAGGCUGUUUUCUUGAUAAUUGUUUUAUUGUUUGUGUUCGUUUUGACACCAGCUAAGCCAGUAAAAGACGACGGAAGUGGCAUUAGCUCCAAGCACGAAGAUAAAUCAGACGUUGACGAUGAGUUGGAAAAUUCUGGUGAUACGGAUGACAACGAAGAAGAAGAUGGCAGUACCACGGAGGAGCCGCGAAUGAGACAAAAAAGAGACCUGGUCAUGGAACUCGAAGAUGAAGAAGUCGUUAAGGAUUCUAGUGGAGAUGACUUGAAACAAGAAGAUGAAGAUGAUAGUGAUAAAAAAGGGGACAAGCCCUUACCAAAAAGCGACCGAAAAAAAGUGGAAUCUGAUUCCGAUGCGAAAGAAUUGCAGAUGCAGAAUACUUUGGGAAUCCAAGGACCUUUCACCAUAACUGCAUUGCAACCCCCUGGGUCGCAGAACCCAUCCCAGAAAGGAAAUAAGGCGGACCCAUUUUCUUUGAAUUUCUUAAGUCCGCCUGGUAAUAUCGAAAUAACGCCACUGGAACCUUCGAUUAACCGCAUGAAAAAAGUCAGGAGAAGAUGUAUGUGUCCAUUCCCUUGUGGACCUGCACACUCAUUUGAGGUGAUCGGAUGCAGUGGACCUUACACCUUGCCGUGCGGUGGCCUCGGUUCUGGCUGGCCUGGUCUGGCGUGUGGAGGCUUGGGUGGAUUCGGUGGCUUUGGUGGCCUAGUUCCACCCUAUGGCUGGGGUGGAUAUGGCGGGUUCGGAGGACAUCCCUUGUACGGAGGAGGAUGUGGAUAUGGUGGAUGUGGAGGAUGUGGUGGUUGUGGUGGCUGUGGUGGAUGCGGUUGCGGAGGGGGCUGCGGAUACCCGCCUAUCAUGAUGUGCUGUUGUAAGAAGAACGGUGAAGAUUCUGUAGCCGAAAAAGAUAAAGCUAAAGAAAAUGACUUCCCAAAGCCGAAAACAAAUAACCGCAAGACUGUGUUUCCAGUACAAAGCCAAAAGCAACCUCAAGCAACUCCGCUGAAGGGAAAUCAGCCACUACCAAAAAUUCAUUAACUUUAAAUAACGGUUUAAGUAUUUGUAAAAAGGAUUUCGAUUUGCCAGAGCGGUCACAGACAAGUAAUUGAACCUACGAAAGUUAAAGACAACUCUUAAUAACUCUAGGCAGGUGACGUUUAUAAACCACAAAGAUGUGUUAAAUAUUUCUUUCACGGCUUAAUAACGAAUUUAACUAGUCCGCUUUGUAACUGUAAAAAUUUUAAGUUUGAUAAAUAAAAAUAAAUCGUAUGAAAAUAGCUGAAGCCACUUUCCUGUUCUGUACAUAAGACGCAACAAAAGAAAUCAGAUUGUAGAUCUCUCACUGAUCGUCGACUUUUUAAUUAAUUUCCCGUGGUUGUGAAGUUAUUUGAGACAAACAUACUUUAAUCGAAUAAUGUCUAUACGCCUCAGUUCUGAGUAAAAAAAAAUGAGGAUGAAAAGCUAGUCAAGGAGUAACGUGUGCUUGCAACAAACGAAAAGAGGCUCAUGGCAUGAUGGAAAUAACAUUCAGUUUAGCCGACAACUGUUCUAACACCUGUGCAUAAAAAUAUCAGUCUUCAAUGUAUUCAGGGUCAUCAUUAUUAGAGAUAAGAUAUUAUUUCUUUUGACAUUGAACUAAACUUGUUAAGCUAGAAUACAAUUAUUCUGCUUUGUAAAACUUGUCGUCAUUUGAAUUGAACAAUUGUAAUUAAGCUCUCUACUGCACUUUACACUGCUAAGUAGAUUUCAGUGAUUUGAUACACAGAGUUAAAACUCCAGUUUGCUCUUUCCCACUCAGGUCACUAACACGCACGCGCAGCGCACGUGCUCCUUCACGAGUCAGACGCAGACGCAGUGUAUAUUAAAGCAAGUAUUAACCUUUUUCUGCACUUACCUUGAAAUCCCAGUUAUACCCUUUUCCGCUCUUACGGGCUCACCCCGGGUCCCCUAGCAAGAAAUAUUCCACUGAUAAACCUCAAGCCCCUUCCUUGUUCCCAUACUCGUUUCUAUAUUCUCUUCCUUACUUUGUCGCAGAUCAUUGUACAACUUCAAUUUGAAAAGUCAUAACACAAACUCUACUCCGAUCUUGACAUACGACAUGCAGCGACAUCCAAUUCCAAGGUUCUUUUUUAGCGAGUUUUUCAAUUUUCCAAUUUUCCUAUCAUAUAUUGGCUAAAACAGUCAAUAAUGUCUUCCAUUUUAGAUAACUCCUCACAUUCAUUCAGUUAGAUUCAAUUCAUUUCUUAUCAACUCAUUCCGAACCUUUUCAUACUGUUUUAACUCCCUUCACCCCAGGUUGUCAGCCCCUGCCGUUUAAUAAUCCCUCCUAAAACCUCUUCGGAAAUUGUAUAAGAGCGGAUUAAGGUGUUUUUACUGCUCGUUCUUGCUGAUAAAAAUUGAUUUUUAGCAGAAAUUCUCUGAGAUUUCCUCUACCUGAAUGUCGUUGAUUUAAUUUACAAGCUGCAUGUUCGUUGCUAAUUAAAGCCCGGGGAGAAAGGAAACAUGAAUUUUUGCGAGUGGUCUCCUUUCUGGCACGAUCGCCAUUUCUGAACAUGCGUAAGGAAUCUUCCCCUUUGGUUUAACGAUAUUACUUUUUCGUGUUACUGGAUAUUCACGAGUAAGAUUCGCAGUAAAAGUAGAAUGCGUUGAGUAGCUAUUGAUACGGACAAAAAUAACCAGUUUUCCUUCCUGAUCGUAGCUGUCCGCGUUUGUUACGAUCGGCGAUAUCGAUUUGAAUGUAUGUGAUUUUAGAAUCCAAAG